AUGAAAGGACCCGCGCCCCUUGAGCAGACGAACCGCAAGACCCGCAUCCUAUCGGUGGCACUAAUUAUGGCGAGUAAUCAAGAGCCUCGCCAGAAGACCCUCGAUGCUGACUAUCCGAUAGCCUUCUCCGCCUGGGAACCCGCCUUCGCCGAGCGCCUCGAACUCACCGCUACCCAAGCGAACCUCAUCGGCAACUUUGGCAACAUAGGAAUGUACGCGAUGGGCAUCCCCGGCGGCCUGCUGAUCGAUUCGCGGGGUCCAAGAUGGGGUGUGUUUGUAGGAGUUAUUGGGUUGUCAGUUGGAUACUUCCCACUACACACGGCAUACGACAAAGGACCGGGGAGCAUGAGCGUGCCGGCGCUGUGCUUUUUCAGCUUGAUGACGGGCAUCGCGAGUUGUACGGCUUUCAGCGCGGCGUUGAAGGUGUGUGCGCUCAACUGGCCGCAGCAUCGGGGGACGGCGACGGCGUUUCCGUUGAGUGCGUUUGGGUUGAGUGCGUUCUUCUGGACUACGCUUUCGUCGUUUUUGUUUCCGGACAACAUCUCUGCCUACCUACUUCUACUGGCCAUUGGAGCGACGACGUUGGUUUUUGUGGGGAUGCUGUUCCUGAGAACAGUGCCACCAAGUUCGUCUUACGAGGCUGUCUCGACAGAUGAUGGAAGCUCCAAUCGCAUGCGGAGGACAAGUUCCCACUCAAGACACAGCAGCAAAGCAAGCACAGGCGAUGAGGUUGGGAGAGAAGACGAGCGAGCCUCUCUCGUGUCUUCAGAUGGUUCUGUCCCCGGCGAUAUCCCAGAGGGAAAAGUCCACAAAGCUCAGCCACGCAAACCAGACAUCUCCGGCUGGAUUCUUCUCAGAACUCCCAAAUUCUGGCAACUAUGGAUCAUCCUCGGGCUACUAUGCGGCGUCGGCCUCAUGACAAUCAACAACAUUGGCAACGAUGCCCGCGCCCUCUGGUACCACUUCGACCCCAAAGUGAGUCACGAUUUCAUCCAAGGCCGCCAACUCAUCCACGUCGGCAUCCUUUCCCUUGGCUCAUUUACCGGCCGCCUUUGCUCGGGCAUUGGUAGCGACUGGCUCAUCCACCACAACUCCUCCCGAUUCUGGACUCUCGUCGCCUCUGCGAGCAUCUUCACCGUUGCGCAGGUUCUGGCCAUGAUUCUCUCAAACCCGCACUAUCUCUUCCUGCUCUCCAGCCUGACAGGAUUAGCCUACGGAGCUCUAUUCGGCGUCUUCCCCGCCCUCGUCGCUGACGCCUUCGGCACAUCCGGUAUGGCGAUCAACUGGGGCGCCAUGACGCUCGCUCCCGUCGCUACAGGCAACAUCUUCAACCUGCUCUACGGCAGCAUUUUAGACGGCAACAGCGUAGCUAGGGGUGGCGACGGCAAGCAUGCUGGGGAAUUGGUCUGUGAUGCGGGCAAGGCGUGCUACAGCUCAGCGUACUGGAUCACGCUGUUGGCGUCGGUGGUGGGGAUUCUGUGGACGCUGUGGUGUAUACGGACGGAGCGGGUGGAGCAGUUGAGGGAUGGGAGGGAAGUGGAGGGGAGGGAGCAUGAGCCUUGA